AUGGGACCAUUCCUACCAUUGUGCAAGAACGAGUACAUUCUAGUGGUAGUGGAUUACGUUACCAAGUGGGUAGAGGGAAUUGCCAGUCCUACUAAUCACGCGCGGGUUGUAACCAAAAUGUUUAAAACCAUCAUUUUUCCUCGGUUUGGAGUACCUCGAGUGGUCAUAAGCGACGGAGGCACACACUUCAUCAACAAGGUUUUCCAAGGGCUCUUGAAGAAAAACGGUGUCAAGCACAAAGUUGCUACAGCAUAUCACCCCCAAACAAGUGGCCAAGUGGAAGUGUCUAAUAGGGAGAUCAAGAGCAUCCUGCAGAAAACGGUCGGAGCUACACGCAAGGGCUGGUCUUUAAAGUUGGAUGAUGCGCUAUGGGCCUACAGAACAGCCUACAAAACGCCAUUAGGGACCACUCCAUAUCAUCUGGUCUAUGGGAAGGCAUGUCACCUCCCUGUGGAAAUCGAGUACAAGGCGGCAUGGGCUGUCAAACUACUCAACUUUGAUAUCAAAUCAGCCAGGGAAAGGCGUUCCAUACAGAUUCACGAACUUGAAGAGAUCAGGCACCUGGCUUAUGAAAGCACAAAGAUCUACAAGGAAAAGACCAAAGCCUAUCAUGAUAAGCGGACCAUCUGCAGAAACUUCGAACCUAAUGAUCGAGUUUUGCUUUUCAACUCCAGGCUGAAGCUCUUCCCUGGAAAGUUGAAAUCUAGGUGGUCCGGACCUUUCACUGUCAAGGAGGUCAGACCGUAUGGAGCCGUGGUGCUACUGGAUCCGAAUGGAGGGGAAUUCGUCGUAAAUGGUCAGCAUCUUAAGCCAUACAUGGCUGAUACGACAAUCGCAGCAGGGGAAGAAAUCCCCUUAGGCGAUCCAUCCCCAGCUCAAUAG